UAGCACGCAUGCAAUUUAGACAAAAGCUCGGCGCGCCCGCGAAACGAAGUUGAGCGGUAGAGAGAAGCGGACUGUGCGCGAAAGAGAGGGGAGGGGGGAGAGAGAAAGAGAGUGAGAGAGAGUGAGAGAGAGAAUAUGUCCGGCGGGAUGAGCGAGACGACGACGGCCACGGUGCUGCUGAAGAAGAGAGAGAGGACGCAGAACUGGAUCCCGGAGGAGAAGAGCGCCCUGUUCGCCCUGAUCAAGCAACACGUGGCCGCGAUCGAGAACAAGAAGAUCGACGCGGCCGCGUCCGCGACGAAAUCCCUCGCGUGGCAGCAGAUCUACGCCGCGUUCCGCGGCCGGUUCUCCGCGGAUCGGGACAUCACCAGGAUCAGGGAGCAGUGGCGGAGGAUGAAGGCCCAGGCGAGGAUGGAGAUGUAUACGUACGCCGAAAAGGUGCGAUCCCUGGGACCAGAGGUGGCCGCCAAGUCCCGUCCGUCGAAUCUGUCGAUCGAGGUGUGGCGGCUGAUGGAGAGCGUGCGGAAAAACGAUUGCGAGACCGCCGAUCGUUCGGAUGACAGUCAGGAUAGCGAAAACCCAGCGAAUCGGAUGUCGAUACAAGCGAUCCUGGAUAAAUUGACCUUACCCAUUACAGAGACGUCAGAGGCGAGACGGGAGAUUAAGAUCGAGGUGAGCAGCGACACCGAGGACGAGAACAGUUACGGCGAGCUGUCGCAAAAGUCGGACGAUCUCCCGCGGCAUCCGAGCAAGCGUUCCCGGCUAUGCAAUUCCGCCGAGAACGAGCCCGUGGACCUCGUCGAGCACAAGACUGUCGUUUGCCCCGACAGCGUGUCGACGUCUCGCGUCGACGAUGGUACAGCUUCCACGUUUCCUUGCCUCUUUGCAUGCCCGACCCCUUUGCGCGCGCCCUCCGAAUUCUCAGCGGGACGUUUUUGCUUUCAAGCGACCGAACGCAACGGCGCGGGGAACGAGCUCCCGGCGUCAAACCUGAACUGGAACAACGACGGCCCGUCCGCCGGCGACAGGGAUGCGGACGCGGUGCAGAGGGAGAUGUGGAUCUUCAAGUCUACCCAGCGCGAGCACGAGAUCAGGCUGCGGAUGCUGCAUAUCGAGCUGGAGCGCGCGGAGCUGCAGAAGCAGACCGCCAUUAACGAGCUGAAGACGUCCGAGCUGAAGAAGCAGCUGAUACAGGAUCAGGUCAACGAGUACUACAGUCACGCAAUCAGACUGGCUGGAGAACGUGGGUCUGGUGCCGGCAAGGGAGGCGGUAGCGGUGGUACCAUUCGCGAUGCUGGUGGUUCCUUUGGAAAGAUGGAAGCUGCUCACGAAGACCAAUACUUUUAUAAUCUGCAAAAGGAACAGAUCAAAAAGAUGAGAGAGGGCCUGCACGACGAGAUCUCGUUUCACGAGGAACAGAUUAAGCGUCAUCAGGAGGCCAUAAACCGUCACAAAAAGCGGAUUACAGAAAUGGAUCAGAAAGAGUGAACAAAAAAUUAUAUAUUAGCGUGAUACUCUUGAUUUCAACGGCUAUUGAUUUUGAUGUAAAGAAAAUAGUAGAAUAAUAGAGUGUCAUAAGUCUUCUUACGUAUAAAUUGUUACGUUAUAUAGACAUUAAAUACAAGGCUUUUAAUAUAUACACUUAUACAUGUGUUACUUAAGCAUUGAACGAUAUCUCCUUGAGUUUGUAUGGAUUGGCGAAAUAUUAUUUUGACGAGACUAUCGUAUCUUUGUACUUGAAGUGUCUGCAAGAUAUACUGGGAAAUAAAACGUGUUUUUUCAUUGUUGCUUAA